AUGCUUCUUAGACAAUGUUUAUCACGUGGUUUUCAUCAAAAAUUUCGUUUUUGUCUAUAUCAUUAUCGUUUACUAUCUACACGUCGUAGAAAUCCGUUAGGUAUUCAAAUGCUUAGUUCGAAAUUACAUAAACAAUUAUUUUCAUCAGUUGGUGAACCAGUUUAUGCAGACGAAAAUAUUGAAAAAUCUAAAGUUCAUCUUCAACAAUUUGAUCUGGGUUCAAAUGAAAGUGAAAUACUUGAUGAUAUUGAAUUUAAUUUACCUCCACUAGAAAGUAAAAAUUUAACUAAACAUUUUGAAAUUAUUGCACGAAAACAAUCAAAACCAUAUGUUGAUCUUAUUUAUCAAUUAAUUAAAGCUAAUAUACCAUCACAACCAACUGCAUGGAAAUCUGCUAAAGGAUGGACAAAAUAUUCAGAAAAUGGUCAAACAACAAUUUAUGUUGAUCAUCCAGAUGAAAAAGUGUUGGUUUUUGAUGUUGAAACUUUAGUUUGUGAAGGAAAUUUUCCUGUUUUAGCUGUUGCACUUUCACCUAAUCAUUGGUAUUCUUGGUGUAGUUCACGUUUAAUUGAUGAAGAAUUUCGUUUAAAAAGUAAUGUUGAAUUAAAUGAUAUGAUACCAAUUGAACCAAAUCCAUCUAUACCAUCACUUAUUAUUGGUCAUAAUGUUGCAUUUGAUCGUACAUAUAUUAAAGAACAAUAUCAAUUCGAAAGUAGUGCUAUGCGUUUUCUUGAUACAAUGAGUUUACAUAUAAUGUGUUCGGGUUUUACACAUGCACAACGAUUACAAUAUCAAGCAUUUGAAAAAGGUUCAUCAUUAAAAACAGAUGAUAAAGAUGAUAUAUCUGAAGAAGAAGAUCUUGAUGAACAAUAUUUAUCAAUGUUAUUAGCUAGUGAAAAAGAGAAAGAUACCAAAGCAUAUAUAAAAAUGCGUAAUACACAAAAUCUUCGAUGGAAAUUAGAAAGUAGUUUAAAUAAUCUUGUAUCGGUACAUAAACUUUAUUGUAAACCAAAAACACCAUUAAGUAAAGAAAUGCAACAAGUAUUUAUUAAUGGAAAUAUUUCUGAUGUGCGCCAACAUUUUCAAAAAUUAAUGACUUAUUGUGCAAAUGAUGUAAAAGCAACAUAUGAAGUAUCACAAAAAGUCUAUCCAAUGUUUGAAGAAAGAUUUCCUCAUCCAGUAACAUUAAGUGGUAUGCUUGAAAUGAGUCAAAUGUUUUUACCAGUUAAUAAUAAUUGGAUAAGAUUUAUUCAUGAAGCUGAACGAACAUAUGAAAGUAUUAAUUCUGAUAUUCAACAUGUACUUAUGGAAAUUGCUAAUGAAGCAUGUCAUCAAACUAUUGAUCAAAAAUAUAAAAAUGAUCCUUGGUUAUGGGACCUUGAUUGGAGUACUCAAUCAAUGCGUUUUCUUAAAUCAUCAAAAGCUAAACCAUCAAUAACAAAACUUGAACAAAAACCAGAUAAUCCUAUUUUCAAAAUUGGUGGAAAUAUUUGGCCAACUAAAAUAAUGACAGACAAUGAUCCAGAAUUCGCACCAAGUCCAAAUAUACAAAAAAUUCUUGAUACAUAUUCUACUUUAGCUAAAAUUCAACCACAUAUGCCAGGAUAUCCAAGUUGGUAUCGUGAUUUAUGUAUGAAACAGCCAAAAAAUGAUCUAAACGAUGAAGAAUCAGCUUGGAAAGCAGGUCCACAAUUAAUUUCUACUAAAAUGCGUAUUGUUCCGAAGUUAUUACGUCUUACUUGGCUUGGUUAUCCUUUGCAUUAUGAUAACAAAUAUGGAUGGGGAUAUUUAGUACCAGGUUUAAAAAUCAAUCAAGAAGAAGAAGGAGAAGAAGAAGAUGAAAAAAGUGAUUUUCCUUAUGAAGCAAUCAAACAAGUAUGUGCCGAAACAAGGCCAUUUGAACGUAGUAAAACAAAUAUGGAAUUACAAGAAAUUGAUGAUAAUUUAAAAGCAUUAGCAAAAGAAAUUGAAGAACUUGAAGAUCAAAACAAUGCUCAUCUUUUUAUGGAAAAUCUUUUACAACAACAAGAAAAAUUAAUUGAAAGACGUCAAAAACUUCUUCCAUCUGAUACAUCUUGUCCUAUUCAUCAAGGUAAUGGACCUUAUAAAGUAUCGAAUGUACCUGGUUGUUGGUUUUUUAAAAUACCACAUAAAGAUGGAAAUGAAAAAAAUGUUGGUAAUCCUUUAGCAAAAUCAUUUGCUUCAAAAAUUGCUGAUGGAACAUUACGUGCUCAUGAAUCAACAGCUGCUAAAUGGCUUCUUGAAUGGAGUAAAAUGUUAAGCUAUUGGGAAAAUAAUGAAAAGAGAAUCAAAUCUCAAAAGGCUGUACAAAUAAAAGACGAUGGUACAUCUAUUAUUUUACCUCGUGUUGUCGUUGCUGGUACAGUUACACGACGAGCUGUUGAACCAACAUGGUUAACAGCAUCAAAUGCUCAAACUGAUCGUAUUGGAAGUGAACUUAAAGCUAUGGUACAAGCACCGUCAGGUUAUUGUUUUGUUGGUGCUGAUGUUGAUAGUCAAGAAUUAUGGAUUGCUUCAAUUCUUGCUGAUGCAAAAUAUGCUGAAAUGCAUGGUUCGACAGCAUUUGGUUGGAUGAAUUUACAAGGAAAAAAGAAAGAUGGAACUGAUCUUCAUAGUAAAGUAGCCAAUUUAGUUGGUAUUAGUCGAGAUCAAGCAAAAGUAUUUAACUAUGGACGAAUGUAUGGAGCAGGAAAAACCUUUGCAGAAAAAUUAUUAAUGCAAUUUAAUCAUCAAUUAUCAGUUGUUGAAGCAAAAGAAAAAGCAACUCUUAUGUACUCUAAAACAAAAGGAACCAAAGAUCGGAAAACUGAUCUAUGGCAAGGUGGUUCAGAAUCUGAAAUGUUCAAUAGUCUUGAAGUAAUUGCACGCAGUAAAUUACCCAAAACACCUGUACUUGAUUGUCGUAUUAGUCGUGCACUUGAACCACACAAUGUUAAUGAUGGUUAUAUGACAAGUCGUGUAAACUGGGUUGUACAAAGUUCAGCUGUUGAUUAUCUUCAUCUGAUGCUUGU